GGCCGACGGGAAGGGGGAGGAACCCGCGACGCUCAGGCCGGGCGCUUGCUUGCUUCCUUCCUUCCUUCCUUCCGCCGGCCCGGGACAGGGAGGAGGCGGAGCUGCGGCCGCCAUGAGCCGCUUUAAAUUCAUCGAUAUCGGUAUUAACUUGACAGAUCCUAUGUUCAGAGGCAUUUACAGAGGUACACGGAAACAUCAAGAUGACUUUUUGGAUGUAAUAGAGAGAGCAGUCAAAACCGGUGUUAAAAAGUUUAUGAUUACAGGCGGAAAUCUACAAGAUAGUAAAGAUGCAUUGCAGCUGGCACAGACAAAUGACAUGUUUUACAGUACGGUUGGCUGCCAUCCCACCCGCUGUGGAGAAUUUGAGCAGAGUGACCCUGACCAAUAUUUAGCUGAAUUGCAAAAUCUCGUUGAAAAAAAUAAGGGGAAGAUCAGAGCAAUUGGGGAAUGUGGCCUGGAUUUUGAUAGAUUAGAAUUUUGCCCUAAAGACACCCAACUCAAAUACUUUGAAAAGCAAUUUGACCUGUCAGAGAAAACAAAACUGCCAAUGUUUCUCCAUUGUAGAAAUGCACACGCAGAAUUUUUAGAAAUAAUGAGAAGGAAUAGAGAUAGAUGUGUGGGAGGAGUGGUACAUUCAUUUGAUGGCACAAAGGAAGAAGCAGCUGCUAUAAUAGAUUUGGAUCUCUAUAUAGGAAUAAAUGGUUGCUCACUGAAAACAGAAGCCAACUUAGAAACACUGAAGUCAAUUCCUAGUGAAAGAUUAAUGAUAGAAACUGAUGCUCCCUGGUGUGGUGUGAAAAAUACUCAUGCUGGGUCAAAGUGUAUAAAAACAACAUUUCCCACAAAAAAGAAAUGGGAACUAGAGCAUUGCUUGAAGGACAGAAAUGAACCUUGCCAUAUAAUUGUACAGAUUUACUUUUAUUGAUCUUCUUUGAACUCCCUCUAAUUCAGAGGUGGGCAAACUAUGGCCCAUGGGACACUCCUGCCCAGCCCCUGAGCUCCUGGCCUGGAAGGCUAACCCCCAGAAUCCUUCCCUGCUGUUCCCCCUCCUCUGCAGCCUCAGCUCACUGCACCACCGGCACAAUCCUCUGGGCAGCGGAGCAGCAGAGUCACAGUCUGACCCGGUGCUCUGUGCUGCGUGGUGGUAUGGCUGGCUUCAGCCGGGCGGUACAGCAGCCUGUCCUGGUGCUCUGGGCAGCGCGGCUGUAGUGCCACCAGCGCUUCAGGCAGCG